AUGAGUUUAUGUAUCUACGUAGAAAAAUCUCGGCUCCUUCCGAUUUGAAUUUUGACAGGCGUGCGAUUCACGGUUCCAUAUGAGCCUGGAACCCCGAAAUUUCAAACGUGUCAAAACCGGAAUAACUAGACCGGGUUGACCCGUCCAAGGAUCCAUGAAACACAAGGCCACCAAUUGUCGUUCACUAGUCCAUUGCUCACGGCGCCGAAGCUUUUAUAUCCAAGCAUUCUCUGAUUCUCUCAUCCAACGAAUCGAUUCAGAAAACCAUAGAAUUCAAUUCGCGGAGAGUUGAAGGUGUUCGAGAUGAGGCUGCUGAAGGUCGCAACCUGUAAUUUGAACCAAUGGGCUAUGGAUUACGACUGCAAUAUGAAGAACAUCAAGGAGUCGAUAGCUCAGGCUAAGGAGGCCGGCGCCGUGAUUCGUCUCGGUCCGGAGCUUGAGAUCACUGGCUAUGGCUGCGAAGAUCAUUUCCUCGAGCUUGACACUGUUAAUCAUGCAUGGGAAUGCUUGGAAGAGCUGUUAGUUGGGGAUUGGACUGAUGGCAUAUUGUGCAGCUUUGGGAUGCCUGUGAUCAAAGGGUCGGAGCGUUACAACUGUCAGAUAAUUUGUAUGAACAGAAAGAUUAUCAUGAUACGCCCGAAAAUGUGGCUUGCGAAUGAUGGUAAUUACAGGGAACUUCGUUGGUUUACGGCGUGGAAACAAAGAGACCAACUUGUGGACUUUCAGUUGCCAAAUGAAAUUUCUGAGACUUUGUCGCAGGAAUCCGUGCCUUUCGGUUAUGGGUACAUACAGUUUCUAGACACAGCUGUUGCUGCUGAAAUUUGUGAAGAACUUUUUACUCCUAGUCCUCCUCAUGCCGAGCUUGCAUUGAAUGGGGUCGAAGUUUUUAUGAAUGCAAGUGGGAGUCAUCACCAACUUAGAAAGCUUGAUAUUCGUCUUCGUGCUUUUAUAGGCGCUACUCACACUCGUGGAGGAGUGUACAUGUACAGCAAUCACCAGGGGUGUGAUGGUGGUCGCCUUUACUAUGAUGGAUGUGCUAGUGUCGUCGUAAAUGGAGAUGUAGUUGCUCAAGGCUCACAAUUUUCUUUGAAGGAUGUUGAGGUUGUGAUUGCCCAAAUUGAUUUAGAAGCGGUUGCUAGUCUUAGAGGAUCGAUAAGUAGCUUCCAAGAGCAAGCGAGCUGCAAAACCAGGGUUCCUUUCGUGGAGGCACGAUACAACCUUUGUCAGUCUUUUAAUCUGAAAAUGUGCCUUUCUAGUCCUCUGAAGAUUAAGUAUCACUCUCCUGAGGAGGAAAUAGCCUUUGGUCCUGGUUGCUGGCUAUGGGACUAUUUAAGAAGAAGUGGAGCUUCUGGGUUUCUGCUUCCUCUUUCUGGUGGAGCUGAUAGCUCCGCAGUAGCUGCUAUAGUUGGUUGCAUGUGCCAGCUUGUAGUAAAAGAAAUUGCAAAUGGGGAUGAACAAGUCAAAGCUGACGCGAUACGGAUUGGACAAUACAAGAAUGGACUGUAUCCUACUGACAGCAAAGAAUUCGCAAAACGCGUAUUUUAUACUGUUUUUAUGGGAUCUGAAAACAGCUCUGAAGAAACAAAGUCACGGGCAAAAGUUUUAGCAGAUGAAAUUGGCUCAUGGCAUCUUGACGUUCCCAUAGAUGGUGUUGUUUCCGCACUCCUGUCGUUGUUUCAAACAGUAACAGGAAAACGACCAAAAUACAAGGUAGAUGGCGGAUCUAACAGUGAGAACUUAGGUUUGCAAAACAUUCAAGCUAGAAUAAGGAUGGUGCUGGCUUUUAUGUUUGCAUCACUACUACCUUGGGUUCAUAACAAACCUGGGUUUUAUCUUGUUUUGGGUAGCUCCAAUGUGGAUGAAGCAUUGCGUGGUUAUCUCACCAAGUAUGACUGCAGCGCAGCUGAUAUAAAUCCUAUUGGAAGCAUUAGUAAGCAGGAUCUUCGGGCAUUUUUGCGAUGGGCUGCCACGCAUCUUAGUUAUGCUUCACUGGCAGAUAUUGAAGCAGCUCCACCCACUGCUGAACUGGAGCCUAUACGUUCCAAUUAUAGUCAGCUGGAUGAAGUAGACAUGGGAAUGACGUAUGAGGAACUCUCCGUCUAUGGAAGGAUGCGCAAAAUUUUCCGCUGUGGUCCCAUGUCCAUGUUCAAGAAUCUCUGCUACAGAUGGGGUGCAAAAUUGACUCCAGGAGAAGUGGCUGAGAAAGUGAAGCACUUUUUCAAGUACUACUCUAUCAAUCGACACAAAAUGACCGUAUUAACACCUUCCUAUCACGCUGAGAGUUAUUCACCCGAGGAUAAUCGGUUUGACCUUCGCCAAUUUCUAUACAAUGCGAGAUGGCCAUAUCAGUUCCGGAAGAUUGAUGAUCUCGUACGUGAGUUGGGCGGUGACAGGGUUCAUUUGGGAGAUUCAAGUGACCAAGCCAAGUUGGUUGAUGCUCCACAUGGUGCAGGUGGGAUGGGAGUUGUGGCAGCAGGCUCAGGCCAUCCAAAUGUUGGACUCUAGGGUUUAUUUUCUUCGUCUUCCUCUUCCUCCUCCUUUUCUUUCUUCGAAAGAGAAAAAAGGAAAAAAAAUGAUAAACUAACAAGCGAAAAAAUACAUAUAUAUUCAAUUUCUUGUAGCUGUGUAUGAAACCUUCAUUGCUCAUGCAAGGUUUCCGUACAUAAUUUCAUUGAAUCUAAUAAAUGAUUCACGUUAUUCA